GACCUCAAGAAGACUCCUGCUCUAUGGUCUCUGCUGCCUUGUGAGCUGCUGCACCAUGAGAGGAGAUUCUGGUGAUGGAUUUUUCCUGGAUGAUGACAUGGAGAGAUCAACUGAUGGUUCUGGAGAUUCCGAUGAUGAUUCGACGUUACUUGAAGAUGACAAUGCUGACAAGGAGAAAUCAACACAGUUACACUUGGAUGACAGAUGUCAAGCUAAAUCCAGAAAUGAGCAGGAGUGUGAAAAACAUAAUAACACGGGUCCGGUGUGCACUUUCUUGAAAUCCAUAGAACAUAUUAAAGAAGAUGCCUGUGAGGGAAAUAUCACCAAUACUGUCCAGAAAGUGGCAUCUCAGAUCACUGACCUUAUCAAUCGAACUUCCUUGGAGACGUUGAACUUCAGUGACUUUCAAACAGUUAUUGCUGCAAUAAUUGAGAAUGUGGAAACCUCCUUGCUGGCAUCUUUCUCUGCAGACCCCAAGAAUGAAGAGAUAAACACCCCUGAAAUUGAGGCUAAAAUGAAAGUUUCUCAUGGCCAUUGUGGUAAUGGAUCUUCUGUUAUUCUAAGAGUCCAUGACAACAAAAUGGAAGUACCGUGUUCACUUGUAGACUUCCCAGGUGGUGGAGCCAUGUUCAUCUUAUACAAAGUUCUAAACUCCAGGUUAAAUGGUAGUAUUCUUGCAGCUUUUGGGCAUCCUAUACAAACAGGGACAGAAGAAGUGAUCUCCCCAGUGGUUGGUGGAGCGAUCACAAAUCCCAAUACAGAGAACCUGGUCGCUCCAGUGAUCUUCACACUGAAACAUGAGAAGGAUGUAAAACCCUCCCACACUCCACAGUGUGUAUUCUGGAACUCACGAACCAAACUUUGGUCAACCCGUGGAUGUACAACACAGAAGUCAGAGCAAGAGAACAGUACCCGCUGUGUCUGCACAUAUCUCUCUACAUUUGCUGUCCUGAUGGCCCCCACUGAAAUCCAGGUUGACUAUGCCUUGAGCCUGAUCUCUAUCAUUGGCCUCAGUAUAUCUCUUGUCUGCUUAUUUCUAUCUUUUCUCACCUUCAUCCUCUGUCAGUCUCUGAGAAGCGCUCACACCUCCAUUCUAACAGUUCUGUGUGGAUGUCUCUUCCUGGGCCAACUUCUUGUUUUGGUGGGACUUGAACAAACCUGGAAUAAGACCCUCUGCUCAGUGAUUGCCGGCAGCCUACAGUUCAUCUUCCUCUGUGCAUUCUGCUGGAUGUCUCUGGAAAGCAUCCUUCUCUUCUUGACUGUCAGAAACCUGCAAGCUGUAAAUUAUAUGAACUCUCAACGCUCUUAUUUCCCAUAUGUCUGUCUGAUUGGGUUUGGAAUUCCUGCCAUCAUAAUGAUUAUAUCGGUUUCAUUAUAUCCACAUAUCUAUGGCGAAGAGACACAUUGCUGGCUCAAACUUAGUCACAUCUGGAGUUUUCUUGGUCCAGUCUGCAUCUUUAUCUCUGUUAAUUUCACUCUAUUGGUCCUCACAUUCGGUCUCCUAAAGAAGAAGUUGGCAUCUCUCAACUCUAACGUCUCCACCCUAAAACAUACCCGCCUAAUGACAUUCAAGGCCUUCUCCCAGCUCUUCAUACUUGGCUGCACAUGGAUUAUCGGCCUCUUUCAGUUCGGACCUGGCGCCAUUGUUGCGUCUUAUAUCUUCACCAUCUGCAACAGUCUCCAAGGAGUGUACAUCUUCAUUGUACAUUGUCUGCUCAACCGCCAGGUACGGGAAGAAUACAGCAGAGCCUUCUUCAGGUGGUCUAAGAAGUCUACGUCACAUAGCGUGUCUGGUAGUACCAUGCCCAUGACUCAAAAACAAAGUCAAAUUUCGGAGGCACCGAAAGAGGACGGUCUUGGCACCCUGAAGAACCAGAAAUGCUGAGAAUUAUUGGGCUCCUCAAUGUUCUAGUCCUGUAUAUACAGUAUAUGCACACGGCUUCAACUAGUACAGUGGUCUCCAAACUGGGACCCUCCAGAUUUAGCAAAACUAUAAUUCCCAACAUGUGCUGAGAGUUAUAGUUUUGGAACAUCUGGAUGGCCACAUUUGGAAGAUCACUGAACUACUAAAUAGACUGUCAAAGAAUUUCUGCCCAGUUGGGAACCCUGCCCUCCACCAAUACAGAACAUGUACACGCACUUUACCUGCAUUAUAAUUAUUUGCUAUCGUAUCGGACACAGGACGAUCAUCCGUAAGAACGAAUAGGUUUUUUGUGACUCAUCUGAUAAGAAAUAGAUCCUACUUCAAGUUCUUGUCUCCACAGUCACCUCCAGAUGGGGUUGUCUUCUGCUGAACCUUUGGAACUCAUUGCUGUGUGAGAGCCUGGGCCUAUCAGAGGGCCUUCCUCUGUUACCCUGAUGGGCCAUGCAGUCAAACUAUCUACCUGAGCAAAUCCUAUAUACAUUACUAUAGAUCCAGUCAACUUAUAUAUGCCUGAGCUAUGAGCAAGAACAUUUUACCUGAGACAAGUUCACCCUGUUUCCCCGAAAAUAAGCCCUAGCUGGAUUAUCGGGGUGGGUUGCAAUAUAAGCCCUACCCCGAAAAUAAGACCUAGGCCGGUGGUCUUCAACCUGCGGACCUCCAGAUGUUGCAAAACUACAACAUCUGGAGGUCUGCAGGUUGAAGACCACUGACCUAGGCAA